UUUGUUUUCUUUCGACAAGUAUGGCCGAGCAGGAGAGCUUGGAGUAUGGCAAAGGGGAUUUUGUCCUUUUGGACGAGAUCACUAAAGAUGCCUUCAUGGGCAACCUCAAACUACGUUUUCAUAAAGAGCGAAUUUACACGUACAUUGGAGAAGUGCUUGUGUCAGUAAACCCGUACAAGACUUUGAGUAUCUUUGGAAACGAUAAAAUUCAAGAAUACAAGAUGCGAGAACUAUACGAGAGACCACCGCAUAUUUUUGCCUUGGCAGAUGCAGCUUACCGAACGAUGAAAAGGCGGUCAGAAGACACUUGUAUCGUAAUUUCUGGUGAAAGUGGUGCAGGGAAAACAGAGGCUUCUAAAAUUAUCAUGAAGUAUAUUGCUGCCGUCACUAAUGUGUCAAAACAGUCUGAGGUGGAAAAGGUCAAGAACAUUCUCUUAAAGUCCAAUGCUAUUUUAGAGAGUUUUGGCAAUGCUCGAACAAACAGAAAUGAUAAUUCCAGUAGAUUUGGAAAAUACAUGGACAUUGACUUUGACUUCAAGGGAGAUCCUGUUGGAGGACACAUUUUUAAUUACCUUUUAGAAAAGUCUAGAGUUGUUAAACAACAAGAGGGAGAGAGAAACUUCCAUUCAUUCUAUCAGUUACUCAAUGGAGCACCUCCUGAGACCCUAAAGGAAUUGUAUCUAGAAGAGAAAGCUGAAGUUUAUCACUUUGCCAAUCAAGGAGGAUGCACACAGGUCAAGGCAAUUAAUGACACAAUGGAUUACAAAGUUAAUGGUGAAGCUAUGACAUCUGUGGGCUUCUCUGCAGAAGAAAAGACUACAAUAUGGAAAAUUGUUGCAGCAAUUCUUCAUUUAGGAAACUUAGAGUUUGUUGAUGAUGAUAAAGAACAAGCAUCCAUUAAGAAUGAUGAAAAACUCAACAUCAUUGCAUUUCUCUUGGGAACUGAGCCAAGGCAAGUGGAAAAGGCCUUGUGUUACCGUGUGGUUGCAGCCAGAUCUGAAGUGGUGGACAAAGGACACCAUGCGAAGGAUGCAUCUCACGGGCGUGAUGCACUUGCUAAGGCCAUGUACGAUCGCCUAUUCUCGUGGAUUGUAGGACGGAUUAAUGAUGUGAUUGAACUGCGGGAUCAAGUGGCUCACGGAAAGUGUACAGUGAUUGGAGUGCUUGACAUCUAUGGCUUUGAGAUCUUUGACAACAACAGCUUUGAACAGCUCUGCAUCAACUACUGCAAUGAGAAACUUCAACAGUUGUUUAUUGAGCUUGUGUUGAAACAAGAACAAGAGGAAUAUCAGAGAGAAGGAAUCCAGUGGGAGGAGAUUGAAUACUUCAACAACAAGAUCAUCUGUGACCUGAUUGAGCAAAACCACAAAGGCAUUUUGUCAAUCAUGGAUGAGGGAUGCAGGAACAUUGGUAAAGUAUCUGAUGAGAUGUUGUUGCAAACCAUGGACCAAAAGUUGGGAAAACACAACCACUACAGAAGCAGGCUGACCGACCCCACAGACAAAUCAAUGGAAUUUCACAAGGAUUUCUGCAUCAAACAUUAUGCAGGAGAUGUAAUAUACUCAGUUGUAGGAUUCUUGGACAAAAACAAGGAUAAUUUGUAUCAAGACUUCAAACGACUCCUAUUCAACAGCUCGCACAAAAUUCUCCAAGAUAUGUGGCCAGAAGGAAAAGAAGACAUUACAAAGGAGACGACAAGUUACUUUUAUCGCGAACACGGACCAGUUUUUGAUCCAAUCAGGAGUGAUGUUACCCAGCGUCCUGCUACGGCUGGUGCCCUGUUCAAAGGUUCAAUGAUAGCUCUUGUGGAGAAACUAGCUGCAAAGAAACCAUUUUAUGUCCGAUGCAUCAAGCCAAAUGACGUGAAGUCGCCAUCGCUUUUCGACGAGAAACGAGUCGGUCAUCAGGUGGAUUACCUUGGAUUGAUGGAGAAUCUGCGAGUGAGGCGAGCUGGAUUUGCCUUCAGGAUGCAUUACAAACGAUUCCUUCAAAGGUAUAAAAUGCUUGUAGACAAAACUUGGCCUAUCUACAGAGGGAUCGACAAAGACGGUGUCGGUGAAAUCAUCAACCAGUCAGGUUUUUCCUCUGACGUCAAAUACGGUCGGACCAAGCUGUUUAUCAGGACACCCAAGACAGUGUUCGAGCUGGAGAAGAUGCGAGCAGAGAUUGUGCCCAACUUAGUGCGAUUUCUUCAGAAGCACUGGCGAGGUGGACUGGCCAGAAUGCGUGCGAGGAAACUUCGUGCGAUAUACUUGGUUAUGGAUAACUUUAAGAGAUACCAGCGUAGAAAGUUCGUAUUACAACUUCGAGACGCCUACAGUGGCUGUAAGCAGCGCAAUGACUAUGGCAAGUCCAUCACCCAACCCACCCCCCCUUUGGCUUGCCAGGAAUUCUCCUCCUUCUCCACGAAAAUGUUUGAAAGGUGGUGGGCCUUUAAGGUGUUAUCACGCAUUCCAGAUGAAGAUCAUGACGAGGUUAUGUUGAAAGCUGCAGCAUUUGAUUGCUUGGGAGGAAAGCGAAAAAACUGGGCACUACAGACACGAUGGCGUGGAAACUACCUCGCGGAGACCGAAGAAAACUCCCAGUCGGAAGUGUUUAAAAGAAAUGUUGUCAACAGAUUCACGACUAAAGGAGAACAAGUGUUGUUCUCUUCUUUUGCCAAGAAGGUGAACAUGAAAUUUAAGGUGGCUGACCGCAUUGUGGUGGUGACAACCUCAGCCAUUAUCAAGUUGGACAACAAGUACAAAGUCAUGAAGACAAUACCACUUGACAAGGUGACUGGAGUAACUCUUACUCCAGGUGACGAUCAGCUUUUAGUAAUUCACCUUCAACACAAUGACUUGGUCAUCUGCUUGUUCAACGAGUCCAAAGCCAACAGGGUGGCAGAACUUAUGGCAAACCUUUACCUGCAGAUAUACGAUAAGUCUGGUAAGAUGUUGAAUGUUCGUGUAGACUCACAAGUAAAAUGCGAACUGGGUAAGAAAGCAGUCAACUUGACCGUGAAAAACGGACCCGCAAACUCUGCCAUGACGUUCAAGAGGGUUGGUAACAACGAUCUGACACUACUUUGGCCGGAAUCUGGGUAAAGCUUGGCGGGUAAAGCUUAACGGAUGAAGUUAAUUGAUGUUGCAUUUGUUGUUAUUUGGCCAUGCCGAUAUGAGUAGUUAACGAUUAAACUUUGGCAAACUCGUGUA